AUGGGGGUUGGUGAAGCAAGCAAUGCAUUCACUCAGUUUGUUGGGGACACUAUAGAUUUAAACAUUGUCUCUAUUCACGGAAACACCCCCUUUCAUUCCAUGGGUUGGAUCAAAGUAACCUCUCCAGCACCACCUUUGCCAGAUCUGCAGACAUCAGCCAGCCACAUCCUGGAUGGAGGGUGUUUUGACAAGGCAAUCCGUGCUCACCUCCUCAUUGAUGCAGCCAUCUAUCAGCACAUCAUGAAACAUGCCUUCACUGAGGAGGAGCUUGUUGAAAUGAGGACGUUAAUGGAGAAGGGAGUCGAUGGAAAGAUGGGAGCCAGGCACACAGAUCUAGUGGUAGCACUGUUUGAACAGAGGUUUGAAGAAAUCUUCAAAAAACUGGCUGAAGGAGGAAGAACACAUGCAAUCUGGGUGCAGUACCACCAUAUGGUUGAUGUUAUUAAGAUGUUCAUCCGAACCGAGCGGCUUGCAGACCAUGAUGGGCACCUGUCCUGCAUUGUGACCAGGAUGCAUUGUGAAGUUUUUGCAGCUGCAGGCCAUCAUCAGUAUGCCAAAGGUGCACGGCUGUACUGUCAACUCAUAAAGGACCUGGAAACUCUGCCUGUUUACAGAGAGACCUCAGAGCAUUUUACUGCCCAUGGAAACCACGUUGUGGGUUAUUCCAGCCAUGAUUGGUCUGGCACCUGGUGUGACAUCUGCAUUGAGCAGACACUGAUGAAGGCAGCCAAAUCCGAAGGUGGACUGAGCAGAGGGAGGAUGAGAAACAGCGAUUCUGGCCACAAAUGCUGGGUGCUCACCCUCAGUCACUUCUCCAACAUCAACCAACAUAUGGAGGAAGAUGUAAACCAACAUGCUCCACGCCACAGAGACCUUGGAAAAACGAAGAUGAGGCGAGAUGCAGAAGCUGUUAAACUUGCCCUUCAAUGGUUCGAGGAGAACAACCCAUUCAACCACAAUCAAGACAAAGAGAUGCUUGUAUCUUUCUCUACAGGAUUCACAAGCACAGGAGAUGACCCAGUCAAUGCCGAGAGAGAUGCUGAAGUAGGGAGAGAGAUGCAGAGAUGAGAGGUGCUGGUUACGUUGGUGCACCAUUGCUCAAGUGCCAACCAUCCACUCUUCUUCACUACAUUAAAGGGCUCUUAUGAUGUCAGGAGGAUUCGAGAAGCUCUCUCUGAAAAACAGAGAUGCUACCUGGUCUUUUUGCACGCCUUCACUGGGUGUGAUACGGUUUCUGCUAUCGCUGGCCAUAGGAAAACAACUCUGUUUGACAGGUAAUAAUAAUAAUAAUAAUAAUAAUAAUAAUAAUAAUAAUAAUACUUAUAAUAAUAACAUAUUUGUAUAUUGAAAGGUCUGAAACAAAGAUUUAAGUGCUUUCUUUUGCAGGUUUUGUGCAGGGGACAUUGAUGAACAUAUAGAAAUCUUCCUGGACAUAUGUGCUAUCAAGGAUGCAGUGAUUCAGGCUGGGUCUGCGAUCUUCCACUACAUUUACAAUGGAUCAGGUCCCACUCUAGGGGCAAUUCGAUACAACAUCUUCUCACGUAAGGCAGCAGCUGGGCUAAUCAAACCGGAGACUCUACCUCCAACAGAGGGUGCAGCUGCACAGCAUUUGCUCCGUGCCUGCCUACAGACACAAGACUGGCUCCUUCUACAGAGCAUGUCUCUGGACCCCAAAGACUAUGGAUGGACAUAA